AUGGGUGUAGAAGCCGGACCCGCAGAGGAGCGAGUCGGGCUUACUUCAUUAUCCACAAAAUACAACAACGACGAUCUCAAGCCGCGAAGGAACCUCAUCUUACGAGUAGCUAUCGCCGUUCUUGUUACCAUUCUGGCUGUUUAUGGAGCUUACGCGGCCGGAUCCCAAACUCUCGCAACACUAAUGCGAGAUGAUGCCUCAUGCGUGUGCGGCGUUACAACUGCCGAAGGAAUCUCGCAGAACUGCAAGUUCGACGAGAUCGAGCUGUGCUGGUUGAGACCGGAAUGUAUCGAUUUCGAGCUCACUCAUGAGUUCAUCACAGCUUCUCGUUCCGACCCGGGGGGUGUUUGGCUAUACCAAACGGAGCUGGAUGGCAAACAGCGCCUGAUCAACGGAACCGAGCUAUCAAUGCUUAUUGAGCCCGGGAGAACCAUAUGGUUCACCUACGAGCAGCAUGUUGCGCACUGCGUCUUUGCGUGGAGAAAGCAGUUCCGGCAGCAGUUCACAGGCAUUGUGAUGCCUACAACGGCAUCAGACGAGGGACAUAUCAGACAUUGUGGUGAAAUGUUCAUGCUCAACGCUAGCUUGGAGGAGAGACGUACGAAGCUGGUGUACCCUUCUGAAGUGUAA